UAGACGUAGAGUAUGUUCAUUCAAGUUGCGUGACUGUUAUACUUGUUUGGCAAAAACGCCCAGUGAUACGUUUAAAUUCCAGUUUACACAGUUACCGUGCAGUAUCCUUAGCUUAUCACACUCGUAUUUUGGUGACAUUAAAAAUAUAUUAUGGUGCAAUGUAGAAUCCUUCAUAUUAAUUAGUCUCAUCUUCAUAAGUGUCUCCACGGAAAUUUGUAUUUCGAGGUCUGAUGGCACCUGUUCUGACUCCAUACGCAAAUGAUAGGUCUUUCAGCAUACAGCUGGAUAUUAUUCCAAAAUAUGCAAAGUAUUUGUCAAGUGUAGGAAUUAAUGCAGUUUUGGUAAAUGGGACUAGUGGGGAGGGAAUGUCCAUGACAGUGGAUGAGAGGAAGGCCACAACAGAAGCAUGGGCUGCUGCUGUGAAAGAGACAAAUCAGAUCCUGAUGGUUCAGGUUGGAGGUGCUUGCCUGAAAGAUGUGCAGGAGAUGGCAGCUCAUGCUGAAAGACUUGGCGUUGAUGGGCUCCUGUGCCUGCCUGAGUUAUUCAACAAACCAGCAACAGUGGAUCAGCUAGUGGAAUACCUGAAGUAUGUGGGACAGGCAGCUCCCAAGACGCCCCUUCUGUACUAUCACAUUCCUUCAUACACUGGGGUUAAGGUGAGCAUGCCACAGUUCCUGGCCACUGCUGCUUGCAAUAUCCCAACAUUUGCUGGAGCAAAAUACACCGACAGCAACCUGGAAGAGGGAACACGGUGCUUGGAAGUGAAGAGUGAAACACUUGGCCUUUUUCUGGGCUGUGAUCAUGUUCUCGCUGGGGCUUUUGCGCUGGGUUUUGACUCAGCAGUUGCCACAAGCCUCAACAUGCUUCCACGAGCAAAUAUAAAAAUUCUAGAAGCAAUGAGAAACAAUCACCCCAGUGAAGCUCUGCAGGAGCAGAGGAAGCUGUCACAGGCCAUAAAUGUCAUAACUCGUAAUGGAGGCUGGGUGUCAACUAUGAAAGCUGCAAUGAGUCUGAUGACCUCAAUUCAUGUGGGACCUCCACGACCACCCCUAAUCCCACUCAGUGAUGAACAAAUUGGAGUGCUUAAAGAGGACUUGGCAGCCCUGGAAUUAAUGUAGUCAUUCAUACAGUUCCGUUUUCAACAGAUUGUGCCAUUGAAUUCUCUCCUUAAUUUUAUGCAUUCUUUGUAUAAAGAGAAAUAAUAUUGAUAAGAUUCUUUUCUCGCAUUUCUUGAUGCAUUUUGAUUUAGUGAUCCACACCAGAAGUUUGCAGGUGAAUUUAAUUUUGGUGUGUACUCAUUAACUACAACCACUUAUAUACAUGAAAAUCAAAUUGAACAUUGUUAAAUUUCUCAGAAGUAGUAGUUCAUCAUAUAACCUUUAAACGCCAGACUUUUGAAAUGGUAGUAAGCUUGAGCUGG